UCUCGCAAUUUAAGAGGUUUCCUCACUUGGAAUUUGUCUUGUGCCCGCGUGAAGACAUAAAACCGUGCCACCAGCCAGUCUGAGCUUUAGUCUAGUGUCGGUCCUCACUCCGGUCGGUCUUACGAUUAUCCCGGGAUUCGCAUUGCCGAUAGCAUAAAUCUCCACAAUCAUUGGGGUGUACCCUCCCCCCGUUCCCAUUCAGAAGGUGUGUGUUGUGUACAACUCUCAAGUGUGGAAUAGAUUUUGAAUGAAGUAGAAAAAAACGAGAAGUUUUCCUGUGAAACGGUGUGAAUUGGAAGAGGUGAAAUCGAGAUAAAAAAAAAAUUCGAGAACUGCGUCUCUAUUCCCACGAGGGGGGUGAAGGCAAAAAAAGGUAUAUAUCGUCUGGUGAGGAUGAAAUGUAUUCCGUGGAGGUGACAAAAUUCGAUGUUUGAUGGGAAAAAGCAAUUCGAUUGUUAGCCGGAUACCGUCAUCUGUGGUGUUUUUAUUUCUUUGAAUAUGAAAUUCAAACUCGCGUAUAAGCAAAUAGUGGGGAACGCACAUUGGAAUUGAAUUGGAAAUCCGCACCGUUUGUAUGUGGAUGGUAGCUAAAUCAAUAAGAGUGUGCAGAUCACAUUACAUUGCGUUGAUUCUCCGGUAGUGCCGCAAGGGAUACAAUGUGGAUGCAGUGUACCCAGUGAUCACUAUCGCAAUCCCAUUAACAUUAUUGAGGAGCUAAAAGCUCACUCCCUCGUUGAGAUUUCACUGUGUUGGAAUUGCAUCCUCUAAAGCCCCUUUAGGGUGAGUUCUGAGGAGAAAAUCCCCCACAUUAUACAUACGUUUUUCGCCAAAAAGAGGACUGUGUGUGUGGAAAUCUGUGUGAAAAGCAUCCCACACACGGUUUAUGAAUUAAUUAGUAAAAUCGUACUUUGUGUGCAGUGCAUAUUGUACCUCCCACACAAAAACAGCAUAAAGCUCUCCCGUACAACACUGUGUAAAGAGAAAUCUGCAUUAUAGGCCAUUGGGGAGGUGCUCUCAAUGCAAUUAACCCCUAACAAAAAAAAAUACAUAGUACUUGGUGCAUACAUAAUAUUUGAAAAUUCAUUGAUAAAAUUAUAUAUACUUACAUUUGGAUAUUUUCCAUAAAUGUGAAUUGGUAGCUAAUUGUGUGUGUGCGCGGUGUUUUUCGGGGGAAAAUCUGUGCAAUACCGAAAGGAUUACCACUUCAUGGAAUUCAGCAGCAGUGGAUUAAUAACUCUCUGUUUGUGCUCAAAAUUGCGGAUUGCAGUGAUUGAAAUACAAAAGAGGUCCAUUUGAGGUGCAGCAGAAAAGAGCGUUUGGGGUAUUAAAAUGCUUGGCAACGAAUGAUACCACCAUCAACAAAUUUGAUCCCUUACCCACCGCAUUUGCUGUCCAUGCCAUCGUACCUGUGGACUCUGCUUCUAAUGGCUAUUCUCAUAGCCAGGCGUAGUGGUGUACGGGCUCAGCAGCAAGCGCCGAAUCAACACCAGCAGCAGGCAAAUUUAUGUGGUGGCUAUUUGAAUGGGACACAUGGCAUUAUCCAGACACCCAACUUCCCCAAUAAAUUCCCCGUACCCAUCUCAUGUGUCUGGAUUAUUGAUGCCUCCGCCAAUCCCUUUGCCAAUGUAUCCAUUGUCAUCUACCUGACCCAGAUGUAUGCCUUGAACGGUCUCAAAUUCACCGAGUACAUGUACUACAGCCCCGACUACAAAGUACCCAGUCCCCAGACAUUUGAGAUCAGCGAAGACAAUGUUACGCAGGUGACGUGGCUCAAAUUCAGCAGCCCCUACCUAGAAGUCAAAUUCACCAUGCACUCCAUUCAUGGUACCCACCUACGAGCCCUCGACCGUCUCCUCGACGUCUUUGGCUUCAACAUUACCUACGAAGUGGGUCCCCUAAAGACGUACCAGUGCAACGCCCUCAAAUGCCGCUUCCUCGGUCACUGCUAUGCAACACAUAAUUUCAGUGAGUACUACUGUUCCUGCUUUCCCGGUUUCAGCGGCACAGACUGCGGGUUUGGGCCCCUCUGCAAGGAGUCAAACAGAAGCUUUUGCGAAAAUGGAGGGAUUUGCAAGCACAUUGGUGAUGCGGCAGUUACGUGCCUGUGCCCUAAUGGAUUUAAGGGCAAUAAAUGUGAUGUGCCCGAAGUACAUUCAGUUAGUGGUCAGUGUGGAAGCGAAAAUGCUGACAACUGCCAUCGAGAAUGUGUAUCCAAUGGCGGUGAUGACAAAUUUUGCAAAUGCCGUGCUACGUCAGCAAAUUUUCAUCAUCGCCAGGACAGAUACGAAGUGACAAUUCGCCUUGGCAACUCGUCACUUUUUCUUGGAGGCGAUAAAGGCAACAAUAUCUCGGCAUCAACAAAGAGAAUCAAUACGAUACUCUCGAACCAUUUGGAGAAAUACAUUAAUCGUUUCCUGAGGAAUUCUAACAUAACAAAUGUGACUGAUUUGGAAAUUUCCAAAGAACUGUCAAGGGGCGCGGAUGUAACCUUUCACUUUUUCGGAAGUGAAUUGGAUGGCUCCAGGGUUCGUGAUGCUGUGAAUCGUUUAGUGGAACGAGGUCGUAUUGGGAACUUUUCAUUAGUUCAAACAUAUCAGUCUUUUCGACAGGAACCUGGCUUGGAAUUACAGUCCGUGGUGGUUAAUCAAAAGUCUGCUGUUCGUGAAAAAUCCGAAUUUAUCUUAUCAUGUGUCGCUCAAGGAUCACCCAAAAUGAUCUUUCGUUGGUACAAAAAUGGUGUCUUCAUCAACAUUACUAAAGCAACAAGAAAUAUGUGGACACGUCUUCUCCCGCUGGAUUCAAAAAAUCAUUACACAGCCCUCCUGGGGAUAUCAAAGACCAGCCACCUGGAUGAGGGGCUCUACACUUGUCAGGUAUCUGACUGGGGGCGGCAGGAGUGUCAGUCCACCCUGGUGUAUGUCCUACCAGCACCCCAGUUGCGAAUCGAUCCACCCAGCGUGACACUCUAUCGUGGGGAAUCUCUCCGCUUGAGGUGCUUAUCGCCCAACAAUGACCACCGAUACGGCCCAUUGGGGUAUAGUUGGACCAAAAAUAAUCAACUCUUCCAAUCGGACCCGGACACGGAGUUCUGGGAAGAUCUCUACCCCGACGGAAGUAUCCUCAACAUACGCAACAUUCAAAAAUCCGCUGGAUAUUCAUGUGUUGUCUCCAACAUGGUGGCACCCGUGUCAAAGAGUGUCUACAUAACAGUGAUAGAUCGCGGGGUUGUUGAGCUGUGUCCGGCAAAUAAAAAAUUCGGCGUUUCAUGGCCAGCAAGUGCCCCGGGGCCAGCUGUUCUUGCCGACUGCCCAGACCACGCUGCGGGGCAAUCAAUGCGAAUUUGCGAACAGACAGACUUUGCCAAACCACGAUGGUUGCAACCUGACUUCUCCCACUGUGUGCCCGAGCAUUUAGGUGCCAUUUACAAUGAUUUCCUCGAAGUUACAUUCGGCUACCAGAGGUCCAAUACAUCCGUAAUCCUGCAGAACACACUGGAUUACUCAAUCAAUAGGAAGAAUCAUUUUCUACCCGGGGAAGCAGCAUUCCUACUCCGGAUGCUACAAGAGAUUCACGACUACUUGGAGAAGGUUGGAGCACGAUGUGAACGUGAAAUUGCAUCUGAGACAACACUUCAAAUCUUGGAUAUAAUUCUCAAGAAUGAAUUUUCCAUCAACAAUCAGCAGCAAGUGAAGCAUGUGCAGAAGUUAUUCCUGCUGGCAGCAUCGAAUCGUGAGAGUGUGACAACGUCAGGCCCAAAAUUGGCCGCAUCAACGUCGAACCAGUUGAGCUCAUUUCGUUUACACAACACACCGGUUAAAGCUCUACCAUUCGAAUUGCAAAUAUCUGGGGAUCAGCUGUUUUCGGAUCAACUAUAUUUGGAAAUCAACAAGGGCACAACAACCCUCCUCGACUUCAUCGGCAAUUCAUCCCUCUCCGUCACAAUAAUCUCAUACAGGAAUCUCACGAGCUUUCUCCCCCACAUGUACAUCACACGAAAUAGCCAAGGGAUCAACAUUGAUUACAUUCCAGCAUCUCGGAUUAUUUCUUCAUGACUAUUCCUGACCAAUCGAUCAUCAUCACUUCAAGAUGCGUCCACUGGGCAGCAGACCAUCCCCAUGGAAUUCGAUUCGGCACGUGUUGAAAUGAUUCUGCAACACAGUCAUGCCCCGACACCUGAAUGGGUCCCUGUGUGUGGCUUUGACUCAUCGACGAGCAAUCAGGAAACGUGGAAUACUGACCUGUGCCUCACGGAGAAUCUCCUGGAGAACAUCACGCGAUGCAUUUGCCCCAUUUCCGGGACAUAUGUCGUCCUUCUCGCCAGGCAGAAUUACAAUACUUCCGCCGUUCAAACAACAACUCGACCAAUGUUUGUCAUCCUCUGCUGCGGCUGUUGUUUCAUUCAAUCAUGUACAGCAUUCGCAGUGCUGCUUCCGGUGCUGUACCAUCGUAAAUGUAGCGUAACAUUUUUGAAGAUGCAAUUUUGUACGACCACAUCGACUGUGAUGGCCAUUUUUACCCUGGGACUCGUGAAGCUUCUGCCAAAAGAUUGGUCUGGUGUGAUUAGUUCAACAGUAGCGGGCCUCUUACUCAUGGGAUCCACAACUCUUAUUGCCAUAAUUCUCAUCGUCCAAUACGAGGUGGGACAGCAGCUGCGGCGUGUUCAAUCAGUGAACUUCUCAUCGGGCCUACGGGGUGCCAUUGGGCUGAGUUGGUUGCUACCUAUUUUAUAUGCAAUGUGCGUCCCCAUGGUACAUAGCAUCGUGAAAAUGUGGCCCAACAAUUGGUGGCAAGAAGUCGGAAGUUUCGGAUUUAUGCUUUUUGUUGGAACGGAAAUCCUAUUUGUGAUACUCUUUGCCCUUUUAUUCUUCACCCUGAUAAGGAAGCUCGUGUAUUUAAGUCGCAAGAGCGACAAACAUAAUUCAUCGAUUAUGCGGAGAAUUGGUCUUCUCGUGAGAUCAGCAUUUCUCUACAUUGUGAAGCUACUCACUGUUGUUUCCUUUCUCGUAUACAUAAAUUAUAACGAAUUUAUUAACAGUUGCAUAUUUGGACUAUGCUGCUUUGUACUGGGUUCAUCAAUUUUGCUGUGCUUUGUUGUAAAAGCCGAGGAGAAGCUCAAGUUUGAGCCAAUGCAGAAGCUAAAAAAUGGCAGCCUAGAGGAGAAUUACUACAGUGGAUCCAUAAAUAGUCCACUGAGCUAUUUCACAAAUCAUGACAUGGAGCAGGACAAUGAAGGUCUACCGCCAUCGGGUAAGGUUCCAAUGUCGAUCCUAUCGACGCAAUCACAGCCACGGUGCCCCCUUGCCCCGAUGAGUCAACAGAGUGCAGAAACUUUCAUUGGUGCGGGUAGUUUUUCCCCAUUGCCCUCACUCGAUGGCAAAGCACUCAACUUUGACCCACAAUCGGGUAAGUCGCUCAAGUGCGAUAGCAAGUUUCCCGUGGCAGCGGCUGAAUUGCAAACCCACUCACCCGCGUCCUGUGGAAAUUAUCAAGUUUCCCCGGGAAAGUGCUUCGGUCAGGAACCAAGUGAAUUCGUUGGGGUGGGUGGGUUGGACAUUCUACAGGGUGUUGCACCAGAUACGAUUGUCGGCAUCCGGGCACGAAUUUCGACUGAAUCCAUGGGUCACCAGCACCAUCAUUCACAUCACUACCACCACCAUCGCACCCACACCACACGCUUGCCAGACGCCCCAGACACAGUGAUUAUUCCCUCGUCGCCCCAGCCACCGCUCCCAAUCAUCACGGUGACGUCGCACGAGGAGGACGCAGCCGCAGGGGCGGAUGUCAUCGAGGGAAUGCUAGACAGGAUCUCACACGACCUGGACUACCUUCUGAAUCGGACAGCCACCCCGCCGGAAACCACCCAGAUUGUCGGUGUGGUCAGACGGAAGCAGGGUGAGCAAUCAUCAGCGACCACCACCCACUUAGGGUCCACGACACCUUCCACAGUGGCCACCAUACCAAUUUCGCACGUCCCUGCACAGGGGCAAACCACCCCCGGUACCUACCCCAUCAGCCACAGUGUGCAGGAAGUGAUCAUUGAGGCGGCCGAAGAGUAGUUGGGUGGUAUUGGGAGGGGGAUGUUUGCCAUGUGUGUGCUUAGUAUUCAAUUACGCCCCUUGAUAUUUUCCUUCCUCGUUCCACAUUUCCCCACGACGACGAUAUCCAAACGACGCCAUCACCACCAUAUCAUACCCAAAAGCAGACCAAGUUGUUAAAGAGAAAGAGAAUUCGAGUGAGUGUGUGUGUGUGUGGGGAAAGCUCCAAAUGUAACUUCUCUGCAUCCUACUUUCCCGCACGGACGUACAAUAUUAUAUAUAUUUUGCGAUAUAUUGGAAAAGUUUCAUCAUACCAAC